AUGUUCAAGUUUGAUGGAGUUUGCCAAACUGUGGCUCUGACACUGUGUCCACUUAUUGGCAAAUUUGAUGGGAUAGAACCAUUUUGUUAUUCACGAAACGUAGAUUUUGCUGGCGUUCUUGUGUUUCAACCAGCGACUUUGAUUAUGGAUGUGGUGGCACUUGUGAUGACUAGUAUCAUGAUCUACAGUGUAAAAACCAAAUACACCGCUGUAGGCCGAAAGGAAAUAGCCAUGUUCUUUCAAUUGUAUUUAGCGACAGUCUUCUUGGAGAUGCUAUUGGUUACCAAUAUCAUUCCGACAGCUUCCAUUCUUUACCCAUUUUUUACGGCAGCCCAUUUGGGGCUUGUUAGCACCACCUCAUGGUGCCUUUUAUUAAACGGGUUCGUCGGUUUCCAAUUUGCGGAAGAUGGAACACCGAUUAGUCUAUGGUCUAUCCGUAUCAGCUCAGGAGCCAUGUUCAUGACUGUGGCCCUGGUAGCCUUGGCCACCUUUAACAAUGUUGGACCGUUCAAUUACACAACGCCGACUAUUCUCUGGAUUAUAUAUUACCUUGUCAAUGGAGCUACCCUAUUGAUCUACAUCAUUUCUCAACUUGUCUUGGUUGUAUACACCCUUAGCGACCAAUGGCCACUCGGAGAUAUUGUAUUUGGAACGCUCUUUUUCCUACUCGGACAGGUAGUUAUGCACAUCUUUUCCGUUGCCCUGUGUGAGGAAGUAAAGCACUACCUUGAUGGGAUGUUCUUUGGCAGCAUGUGUAAUCUGUUGGCAGUCAUGAUGGUAUACAAGUAUUGGGAUUCCAUCACAAAAGAGGAUCUUGAGUUCUCAAUUGGUUCCAAACAUCCACAGUGGGAUAUGCACCUGAAAGAAGACGAAAAAAGACCAUAUGACUAA